CUCAGCCACGGCGGCUGCAGACAUUAUGUCAUAGCUCAGCCACAACAAGUGGCAGUCUAACCGUCACCGGCACCAGUAGUCUUCUUGGCCGCGAACAAAAGGCACGCCCUCCCCACUUCUUGCCUACCACGAGAUCCUCGUUCGAUCCGCUUGGUUUUGCUCCAUUUCGACUCCCUAUCGCUGCCCUUUCGGUCUCUACCCCUUUGCACCCUCUCAGACCUUCGACCCUCCACCCCUCACCCAAACCGAAUCCUUCCGCGGGUGUUGGGCAACCUGCGGCCAAUCAGAGAUGAGUUUGAAGGGCUUUCAGAAGAGCAUUGUUCGCGCUCCCCAGCAGUUCAAGGCAAAAUUCAACAUCGGCGAGCAUACCAAGGAUCCUGUCUACCUAGAUGCCGAGCGGCGGUUUCAGGAACUUGAGAAGGAGACCAAAAAGCUGCACGAUGAGUCGAAGAAAUAUUUUGACGCCAUCAACGGCAUGUUGAACCACCAGAUCGGAUUCUCCAAGGCUAUGACGGAACUCUACAAACCCAUCUCCGGUCGCGCUUCCGACCCUAGCACGUAUACGAUCGAAGGCAACCCCGAGGGAAUCAGGGCGUGUGAGGAAUACGAGGCGAUCGUGCGGGAUCUCCAGGAAUCGCUUGUGCCCGAGCUGGAGAUGAUCGACACCCGCGUCAUCAGCCCUGCGCAACAACUGUUGGAGGUGAUCAAGGUGAUCCGCAAAGUCGCGGUGAAGCGAGACCAUAAGAAACUGGACUACGAUCGCCACAGGAAUUCGCUCAAGAAACUUCAAGACAAGAAGGACAAGUCGCUGAAGGAUGAAAAGGCACUUUACAAGGCCGAGAACGAUGUGGAACAAGCGACCCAAGAAUACAACUACUACAACGACUUGCUCAAGGACGAGCUGCCCAAGCUGUUUGCUCUUGAAGCCGAAUUCAUCCGCCCGCUGUUCCAGUCUUUCUACUACAUGCAGCUGAACGUCUUCUACACCCUGCACGAGAGAAUGCAGGGCAUCAACAUCGGGUACUUCGAUCUGACCUUGGAUAUUGAGGAAGCGUUCGAGAACAAGCGUGGAGAUGUCAAGGAGCGUGCCGAGGAGCUCACCAUCGUCCACUUCAAGGCCACGGGCGGUCGGAAACCCGGAUCGAAGCUUGGCCCGAAGGACAAAUUAGCACAGGAGGGCAAGGGUGGCUACGCAUCGCGACAGCGCGAUCCCGAUGUUGUUGAGAACCCCCCGCCUCCAUACUCGGCCAGCGCAGGCAGCAGCUUUAGUGCCGCCGCGAAGAGUAAGCCCGCGCCUCCGCCACCGAAACCUAAGCCAUCCCGGUUCAGCGCUCCGGUGGAAACCGUCACAGCGCUGUACGACUACGAGGCGCAAGCACACGGUGAUCUCAGCUUUUCCGCCGGAGAAGUCAUAGAGAUUGUGCAUCGGACGGACAACCAGAACGAGUGGUGGUCUGGCCGGGUGGACGGACGAGAGGGACAGUUUCCAGGUAAUUACCUCCUCUAGCAUGUUUUAUCUCUUUGGUUUUGCUAACUCGAGUAGCCAACUACGUCCAGCUGAACUAGCAUUCUGCUAUCGCUAUAUAUUAUUCUUAAUUCUGCUGUCC